GGAUUAAAGUUGGAAAUUGAGCGGAGAAUUCAGUUGCCCAGGAACAGAGCCGCGGCCGCCGCCAGAGCGAUGUUCCCGCAGAGCCGGCACCCGACGCCGCACCAGGCUGCAGGCCAGCCCUUCAAGUUCACGAUCCCGGAGUCUCUGGACCGGAUCAAGGAGGAAUUCCAGUUUCUGCAGGCGCAGUAUCACAGUCUUAAAUUGGAAUGUGAGAAGCUGGCAAGUGAAAAGACAGAAAUGCAGAGGCACUAUGUGAUGUAUUAUGAAAUGUCAUAUGGAUUAAACAUUGAAAUGCAUAAACAGACUGAAAUCGCCAAGAGAUUGAAUACGAUUUGUGCACAAGUCAUCCCAUUUCUGUCUCAGGAACAUCAACAACAGGUGGCUCAGGCCGUCGAACGUGCCAAGCAGGUGACCAUGGCAGAGUUGAAUGCCAUCAUCGGGGUACGUGGCCUACCAGGUCUACCUCCUACACAGCAGCAGUUACAAGCUCAGCAUCUCUCCCACGGCCAUGGACCCCCAGUACCCCUCACACCUCACCCUUCGGGACUUCAGCCUCCUGGAAUCCCACCACUCGGGGGCAGCGCCGGCCUCCUGGCGCUGUCCAGUGCCCUGAGUGGGCAAUCUCAUUUGGCAAUAAAAGAUGACAAGAAGCACCAUGAUGCAGAGCACCACAGAGACAGAGAACCGGGCACAAGUAAUUCCCUCUUGGCACCAGACAAUCUAAGAGGCGCAGAUAAACGCAGAAAUGGGCCCGAAUUUUCCAACGACAUUAAAAAAAGAAAGGUGGAUGAUAAGGACUCCAGCCACUAUGAUAGUGAUGGUGACAAAAGUGAUGACAACUUAGUUGUGGAUGUGUCUAAUGAGGACCCUUCUUCUCCACGAGCGAGCCCAGCCCAUUCACCCCGGGAAAACGGAAUUGACAAAAACCGCCUGCUAAAGAAAGAUGCUUCGAGCAGCCCAGCGUCCACGGCCUCCUCGGGAAGUUCCACUUCUUUGAAAUCCAAAGAAAUGAGCUUGCAUGAAAAAGCCAGCACGCCGGUUCUGAAAUCCAGCACACCGACUCCACGCAGUGACAUGCCAACGCCGGGCACCAGCGCCACUCCAGGACUCCGUCCAGGCCUCGGCAAGCCUCCAGCCAUGGACCCCCUCGUUAACCAAGCUGGAUUGGGUUUUCAUUUGGAAUUGGUACCAGGGAAUGGAAAGUUCGGACUAAAGGAGAAAUCUUGGAUUUUAUCAAGAAAAUCUUCUUUUGACAUUAAGUCAGCAGCCGGUUUGAGGACGCCCCUGGCAGUGCCCGGCCCGUACCCUGCUCCAUUUGGAAUGGUCCCCCACGCCGGCAUGAAUGGCGAGCUGACCAGCCCGGGCGCUGCUUACGCGAGUUUGCACAACAUGUCUCCCCAGAUGAGCGCUGCUGCAGCCGCCGCCGCCGUGGUGGCCUAUGGGCGCUCGCCGAUGGUUGGGUUUGAUCCUCCCCCUCACAUGAGAGUACCUACCAUCCCUCCAAAUCUGGCAGGAAUCCCUGGGGGGAAACCUGCAUACUCCUUCCACGUCACUGCAGACGGUCAGAUGCAGCCUGUCCCCUUCCCCCCCGACGCCCUCAUUGGACCUGGAAUCCCCCGACACGCUCGCCAGAUCAACACUCUGAACCACGGGGAGGUGGUGUGCGCCGUGACCAUCAGCAACCCCACGCGGCACGUGUACACGGGUGGGAAGGGCUGCGUCAAGGUCUGGGACAUCAGCCAGCCUGGCAACAAGAGUCCUGUCUCUCAGCUCGACUGCCUGAAUAGAGAUAAUUAUAUCCGUUCCUGUAAAUUGCUCCCUGAUGGUUGCACCCUAAUUGUUGGAGGGGAAGCCAGUACUCUAUCCAUUUGGGACCUGGCGGCUCCGACUCCGCGGAUCAAGGCGGAGUUGACGUCCUCGGCUCCUGCCUGCUAUGCCUUGGCCAUCAGCCCCGACUCCAAGGUCUGCUUCUCGUGCUGCAGCGACGGCAACAUCGCUGUGUGGGACCUGCACAACCAGACGCUGGUGAGGCAAUUCCAGGGCCACACAGACGGAGCCAGCUGUAUUGACAUUUCUAACGAUGGCACCAAGCUUUGGACGGGUGGUUUGGACAACACGGUCAGAUCCUGGGACCUGCGCGAGGGGCGACAGCUACAACAGCAUGACUUCACAUCCCAGAUCUUCUCGCUUGGAUAUUGCCCCACUGGAGAGUGGCUCGCCGUGGGCAUGGAAAGCAGCAACGUGGAGGUUCUGCACGUCAGUAAGCCCGACAAGUACCAGUUGCAUCUCCACGAGAGCUGUGUGCUGUCCCUAAAAUUUGCUUAUUGUGGUAAAUGGUUUGUGAGUACUGGAAAAGACAACCUCCUCAAUGCUUGGCGGACCCCCUACGGAGCCAGUAUAUUCCAGUCCAAAGAGUCCUCGUCAGUGCUUAGCUGUGACAUCUCUGUGGAUGACAAAUACAUAGUCACUGGCUCAGGGGACAAGAAGGCUACAGUCUAUGAAGUCAUCUACUGAAAACAUAAUGUGGUUUAACGUUUAUAGUUGAAUUGGGCCAAAAUGUUUUGAAUUUGUAGAAAUAGAGGCGUUGUAACUUUAAAAGGAAAAACAAAAACCUGUUUCCGAGUCUUGACACAAAACUACUUUGAGUCUACAAAGAGGAGGCGGCAAAUCCAUCAGCAGAAGGUCACCUAGCUACCUAGACCAAGUGGAGCACCGAGGCAGAGUGGACAGAGGGGCCAAGGGUGGUACGACUGAGGAACGGAAUCUGCUGGCCCGUGUUAGAGCCCCUUAUUUCCUUUCUGUGUGAUCUGCCAGUCGCGUGUUGCCUGAGCGUGAGAUUACCUUUCUGUUUCUUGCAGUUCACCUCACGUUCCACCCUUUCUAGAGCAGUGGUGUCUCCGAUGAACUCGUUCCCUGGUUUUGCAUCUUGUGAAAUGUUUUUUUGUAUUUUUGUUGAAGGUUAAACAUUUGUAUAAAUUGUAAAUAUAUUUGGUUUAUUACAGUAAAGGCUUUAGUACCAAUAAGUGGCUUUUCUUUUUCUUCUUUAUUGUUUUUGUGAGAGCUCUGGCAUUGUUGGGGUAGGUUUUAUAAGCAAAGUCCAAACAUUUGUAGAGGAAGUUUUACAAUGCACUUCUUAUUUUAUAAAUAUAUUUGGACGUGGACUCCCUCUCACUGCACUGGAACCUGACUCAUCAAGCACGUCUCAGUUACUGGAAACUCCACACGAGGAAUUGUGAUCAGUUAAAGCUGUAUUAAUAGCAGCUUUAUUUGAGAAGCUAAAAUUACUUCACCAAGAUUCGUUCUUUUGUUACGAUAUUCUUGUGAUUCAAGGUCACAAAUUCAAGCUUGACUUUUUCCUGGUGAUUCAUUG